AUGACGUAGUGACAGCCUCAGUCGCGGUUAGCCUUUAGGCUAACAGGCCUAUGUUUUUCGUCUGGUCAAGACUGCAACCCAACAAAUGAGAACAAAUUGAGGUGUUGCUUAAAAUAUAUAUUCUUAGACAAAGAGCAACCGUCUGAGUGGCUGUCAUCAUGUCAGAGGAGCAGACGGUGUCUCUGGUCGAUGUUCUGCAAGAAGAUGAGGAGCUGGAGGAAGAAGCUUCGGCUGUGUUAGGAGGCAGUGACUCUGAAUGCUGCUCAUACCCUCAGGGUUAUGUGAAACGUCAGGCGGUCUAUGCCUGUGACACGUGUACAUCAAAGGGAGGAGAGGCUGCAGGAAUUUGUUUAGCCUGUUCAUACAAAUGUCAUGAAGGUCACGACCUCUUUGAGCUCUACACCAAGAGGAACUUCCGUUGUGACUGUGGAAACGGGAAGUUUGUGGAACUACACUGCAAACUUCAUCCUGACAAGGAUGAUGUCAACAGUGGGAAUAAAUACAGCCAUAAUUUUUUUGGACUGUAUUGUACGUGCAACCGACCCUAUCCGGAUCCUGAAGAUCAGGUGCAGGAUGAGAUGAUUCAGUGUGUGGUGUGUGAGGACUGGUUUCACAGCAGGCACCUUGGCUGUGCCGUGCCUGACUGUGUGGAGCUGCAGGAGAUGAUCUGUGAUUCAUGUAUGAAGCAGCACCCUGUCCUGUGGACGUACGCUGCUCUCCUGACAGUUCCAGUGGUUGAAUCUGAGGUGAACAAGGAAAAAGGCACUGAUGACGUGAUGGACAGCAAAGAUGAGGAGUGUGACGGUCCAAGCUGUAAGCGAAUUCGCCAAGAGGAGGAACCUGUCUGCAGGCUUAAGAAGCUGCAAAGUAAUGGUCAAAAAGGGGUGCAGUCCGGUGCCGUAUUUUGGCCGCCAGGCUGGAGAUCCAAACUGUGCUCCUGCACCACCUGCCAGAAAUGUUUGGCGGAAGACGGUCUGUCCUUCCUGCUGGACGAGUCUGACACCGUGCUGGCAUAUGAGAACAAAGGAAAGACCAGCGAAGAGGCGCAGCGGGGUCGUGACCCCCUGAUGUCUGUGCUGGACAAUCUGAACAGAGUGCAACAGCUGGAAAUCAUUCAUGGGUACAACGACAUGAAAACUGAGCUGAAGGACUUCCUGCAGAGGUUUGCAGCAGAAGGAAAGGUUGUUUCUCCUGAUGACAUCAAAGGCUUCUUUGACCAGCAGCAGCAGAGUCGCAAAAGACGACACCUGAAUCCAGGACAGUUCUACUGCAGCUGAUGACCUCUGACCGCUUGACCAAGAGACCCACACAGCUGGUCCUCUGAGUGUCCCAUCACCUGCAGCUGAUAGACAUUUAUCAUGACGGUUUAAAAAAACACACACACGUAUAUAUAUAUAUAUAUAUAUAUAUACGUGUGUGUGUAUGUAGGG